AUGAAGAAGUGUUUGACUACCGCUCCAGUGCUAGUGAUUCCGGAUACCGAGAAGGUGUUUGAGGUGUACUAUGAUGCAUCAUAUCAAGGUCUGGGCUCCCAAUCCCGAGUAUUCAGCGACCACAAAAGUUUGAAGUACUUAUUUGACCAAAAGGAACUGAAUAUGAGGCAGCGAAGGUGGAUGGAAUAUUUGAAAGACUAUGACUUUGAAUUGCUCUACCAUCCGGGCAAGGCAAAUGUUGUAGCCGAUGCUCUAAGUCGGAAGAAGAUACAUGGACACGAUUUGGAGCUGCAACAGUUUAUGGGGUGGUUAGGCACAAAAAAGGAAAGAAUUCUCAGAUGGGAGAGGACAACAUUCUACGGUUUAAAGGUAGAGUGUGUGUACCAGGAGAACCUCAUUUCAGGAGGCGGCCUUAUGUACAUAGUUGAGGAUGAGUUCAACGUAUCAUCCUCAGACGGAUGGACAAAUGAUGUGCUACCUUUGGUGGAGUUCACCUACAAUAAUAGUUACCAUUCCAGUAUUGGUAUGGUGACCUAUGAAGCAUUGUAUGGAAGGAGGUGUAGAACCCCAUUAUGCUGGUAUCAAGAUGGUGAAGCCUUUGUGCUUGGUCCUGAAUUUCUGCAACAGACGACCAGUAAGGUCAAGUUGAUCCAAGACCGGAUGAGAGCAACUCAGAGUAGGCAAAAGUCUUAUGCAGAUAAGAGGAGACAACUGCUUGAGUUUGAUGAAGGAGACCAUGUAUUUCUCCGAGUGACGCCAACUACAGGUAUUGGAAGGGUUCUUAAAUCAAGGAAGUUGACUCUGAGGUUUAUAGGACCUUAUCAGAUUACACGGAGAAUAGGAGCAGUGACGUAUGAAAUCACUUUACCACCUCACCUAUCCAACUUGCAUAAUGUGUUUCACGUCUCACAGUUGAGGAGAUACAUUGCAAGUUCAGAUCAUGUUUUGGAGUCAGACGAGGUGCAAGUACGCGAGGAUCUGACUAUGCCAGUUGGACCAGUGCGCAUAUUGGAUACUUAA